AUGGAGCACCACGACAAUCUGGAAGAUCCCAUCGUGGCACACCACGCCGAGGAUGUUAUUCAGGUCAAACCCAAGCAGUCUUGGAAGUCAUACAUCUGGGACAGUUUCGACAAGAGCCCAGAAGAGCGGCACUUUGUGUUCAAGCUCGAUUCUGCAGUGCUAACCUUUGCAACUCUUGGAUACUUCAUCAAAUACCUGGAUCAGUCAAAUAUCAACAAUGCAUUUGUGUCGGGAAUGCAGAAAGACCUCGACCUAUACGGCAAUCAACUCAACUACAUGCAAACAUGCUGGACAGUGGGAUACGUGAUUGGCCAAAUACCAUCGAAUAUCAUCUUGACGCGCGUACGACCAUCCAUUUGGAUCCCAACACUCGAGCUGGUAUGGACUAUCCUAACGUUCUGCCUUUCCCAAUGCAACACGGCGGGACAGAUCUACGGAGUGCGCUUCCUGGUGGGAUUGGCCGAGUCUGGCUUCUAUCCCGGCAUGCAAUUCCUCAUUGGUAGCUGGUAUCGACAAGACGAGCUCGCCAAGCGAAGCUGUAUCUUCCACACCGCGUCCGCGAUCGCCACGAUGUUUAGCGGCUACUUGAUGGCCGCUGUCUACCAUCUUGGAGGCAUCGGCGGCAUGGCAGGCUGGCAGUGGCUGUUCAUCAUCGACGGCUGCAUCUCCCUCCCCAUCGCGCUCCUCGGUUACGUCUGUCUUCCCGAUCUUCCCGAGACGACAAGAGUGUGGUACCUCACGCCCGAUGAGCGAGCAUUCGGCCAGAAGAGAAUGGAGCUGGAAGGGCGAAAGGGCAGACAACCAUACACCCGGGCGAAGAUCAAGAAGAUUUUCAAAUCUUGGCACAUCUACAUGCUCAGCAUCGUCUACAUCACUUUCAACAACAACGGCCUUUCGGCUCCAGUCUUCGCUCAGUACCUUCAUUACCACAAAAAUCCGGUAUACAAGAUCUGGCAGGUCAACGUUUAUCCCACGGCUACGAACGCAGUACAAGUUGUGACGACGCUCUUCUAUGCCUGGUCCUCCGAUACGAUUUUCCGUGGGAAACGAUGGCCUCCUAUACUCAUUGGAGCCGGAAUGAAUAUUCUCUGCUAUGUGCCGCUCGCGAUAUGGAAUAUCUCGCGUUCCUUCAAAUUUGCAUGCUAUAUCCUCGCCGGCUUCGGUGGAGGCUUGUCAGGCCUUAUCUACGCCUGGACGGCAGAAAUCUGCUCAGACGACCUAGAAGAGCGAGCGCUUGUCAGCGCAACGAUCAACGAGCUGGCAUACGUCUUCCAAGCAUGGCUCCCGCUGAUAGUGUGGGAACAAGUCGAUGCGCCAAGAUAUCACAAAGGUUUCAUCACCGCGACGUGCUUCUCGGUCGUUCUGAUCAUUGCAACCAUGGUGACCCGACACCUGCAUGAGCGGGAGAAGGCAUUGUAA